AUGGAAACCAAACACAAAAGUGAUAAUCAACAAGUUUUAUCAAUGUUUUCUCAUUUUGAAUUCUCUAAAUGUCAUUUAACUUUAUCACAAUUUAAAACAAUAUUUUCUUCUCCCAAACUAUCAUCAUUAACUCUAUCAUAUUCAAAUUUUACUCUUUUUCCUUCUGAUACGCUUUCAUUUUUGUCAAUUAAUGAUAUCAAUCUCUCUCUUGACAUUGUUGAACAUUUUGUAGAAUUGAAGAAUUUGAAGAAACUACAUUUAUCAUACACAAAUAUUGAUUGUGAUUGCAUUGAUUUUAUUGUUAAUGGUCCAUUAAAAUUAGAAGAUCUUUCCAUUGAACAAAAGGUAAUACCUAUGAGAGGUUUCAUUAUCAUAUUCAAUCCUCAUAUUGAAUCAUCACUGAAUAACCUUACUAUUGUGAUAGGCGGUAGUGUGGAAGCUAUUAAUUUUGAUAUUGAUACAGUCAAAUUUCCUCAUUUGAGAUCAUUAGAAAUUUCUGCAAAACUAUAUAGUUCAGUGAUUGAUAAAAUAUUCAAUCAUGGACUUCAAUUAACCUUACUGAGAAUCUGGGGUGUACCUGCAAAAUAUAAGAUUGAUUUUUCACAUGCUCAUAAAAUACCCUCUCUCAGGUUAUUUCAUUAUAACAAUACCAUCAAUGCAGAUGUUAUUCCGCAAAUACUAAAUGAAGACAUUGAAAAUCUCACAAUUGUGAAUCUUGACUCCAAGUCAUCACUCAUUUUGUCUCAACUACUUUCUGAUCAAUUCACUUAUUUGACAUCAUUGAAUCUUUUUGGAAGCCAAUUACCGAUAGAUUGUGGAAAACACAUUUACAAUUUAAAACACUUGACACGACUGGAACUUCGUAGCUGUAAAACACAACCUGAGAUCUGUAAAUAUACUUUCAACAUGAAAAGUCUGACAUACAUUGAUCUAUCAUCUUGUGAAAUUGGAGAUGAAGGAUUGAAAUAUUUAUCAAAUCAUAACUUGGACAACAUUCAAACACUAAUGCUAGAGCGUAAUAAUUUCACUUAUAUUGGAUUUGAAUAUUUGAUGCGCACCAAGUUCAAACGUCGUUUGUUGUAUCUUUCUCUCAAUAACAACAUCAGUAAUAACGGAACUAUUCAUUUUGAGCGCGGUUUCAAUUUCAAGGUAAACACUCUCAAGCUCUUAGAUAUUGAUAUGGAUUUUAAGGGGGUAAUUUCAAUUCUUCAAAACUGUAUAAUCGAAGAAUUGAUCAUUUUCAAACCACAGAAAAUGUUUCUUGGAUCACUGAUGAUUAAAAAGCUUUCGAAGAAGAAACAGGUAAAGAUAACAAUGUAA